AUGGAUGAGGAAGGUGAGAUAGCAGACUUGAAAGACUGGACUGAGCUUGAACCCAGCUACCCCGUCAAAAUCCUUCUCACAAUCUUUUACAGCCUCAUCCUGGUGACUGGCAUUGUGGGCAAUUCAGUCACUAUCAGAGUGACGCAAGUGCUGAAGCGUAACGGCUACCUGCAGAAGAACGUCACGGACCACAUGGUGAGCCUGGCCUGCUCCGACCUGCUGGUGCUCCUCAUUGGCAUGCCGGUGGAGCUCUACAGCGCCAUCUGGUUCCCGUUCACCACCGCAGAAGGGAAUGCAUCCUGUAAGAUCUACAACUUCCUGUUCGAGGCUUGCAGCUACGCAACCAUCCUCAACGUGGCCACGCUUAGCUUUGAGCGCUAUGUGGCUAUCUGUCACCCGUUCCGCUUCAAAGCCCUGGGUGGAAAACGCACCUCUGCCCUCAUCACCUUCGCUUGGCUAGUUUCGGUCCUUGUGGCCCUGCCCCUGCUGGUUGCCACAGGAACGCAGGGACACAUUCCCUUAAAACAAGAUCUGCCGGUCCAGAAUGUGACCUUCUGUACCAACCUGCGGGAGCACUGGGUAAUGUACAGGGUCAGCAUCUUCGUAGCCUUCAUCGUCUACAUGGUGGUGUUGGUCUGCGUGGCCGUCAUGUGCCGGGCCAUGGUCCUCGUCCUCCGGAGGACUCUAGGGUCCGGGGAGAGCGGCACCAACGGGGUCCAAACAGCACCAAAGCAUGAAAAUUCAAAGGUCAAGACAGCAAGGAAGCAGACCAUCAUUUUUCUUGGUAGGUUGUUGAUUCAAUAUUUCAAAAAUACUAAUUGUUCUGCCAACUGUGUCCCCUCAGGAAGGGGCUUGAGCUUCUUCCUAUUAAGUGUUACCCCUGCUGAGGCCACACACAAGCUGGCAUGGUUUACUCUUCUGUCUUUUUUUGGUGUUCUGUUUGGGUAA